AUGCGUCUCGACCGCGUCCCCGCGAACGAGGCGGCGGCGGCGGCGGCACACGAGGGCGGAGACUUGGGCGCAGCCGACGGCGAGCAGGUGACCCAAGUCCGGUCCCCGAGUACUGGUCCGUCCAGUCCGCUGUCCGUCAACUCCGAGUCCAGCUGCUCCAGUCCCGAGGUGAAACAGUCGGCCCAGCAGAGAGUCAGGAGGCCGUUGAACGCCUUCAUCAUCUGGACCAAAGAGGAGCGCCGGCGACUGGCGCAGCUCAACCCGGACCUGGAGAACACCGACCUGAGCAAAAUCCUAGGGAAGACGUGGAAGGCUAUGUCUCUGGCCGACAAGCGUCCGUACAUGCAAGAGGCUGAGCGCCUGAGAGUGCAACACACCAUCGACUAUCCAAACUACAAGUACAGGCCUCGCAGGAGAAAGCAGCUGAAGAAGGCUCCCAGGCCGCAGUGUGCAGAAGCCCCUGCCCCUCUCUCUUCCCUCUGCAGCAAGGCCUUCGCCGUGCCCUAUGACCUCAGCUAUGUACUGCAGCACCAGCAACAGGUUCGCUCUAAUGCAGCUACUUUCCCCAACUCUCCAUCUCACUUUAUACCCAUGCAUUGUUCCUAUGCAAACAUGCCUGCUUUUUCAGACAUGGCAGACACUUAUUCAAAUAAGCCUCUGAUGUACUCAAGCCUACCAGCGUACCAUGCAGAGCCCCAGAUGUAUUUUGGCGGCCAGCAGGGGCAGAUGCAGUUUGACCCCUGCAGCUCCACCGUCACAGGUUUCCACGGGGAGCAGGGGGAGUUCAGGGUGUUUCGCGGGCAGUUGUGUCCCACCGGGCCUUCCCCGGACUUCUACCUGGACCAGGUCCUGCUGGACACGCUCCAUGAUCUAGAUCGCAGUGAAUUUGAACAGUACCUGGGCCCUGGUCCACGCAGGCCUGACUCCGUGGAUCCCAGCGGUUACCGUCAGCAGGGUAGUUUCAAGGAGGGUCGAUCACUAUCGUGA